AUGAUAUUUUCAAGAAUGAUUAAACAAAUACUUCAAGAGGUCUUGUCUCGUAAGAGAAUAUGUAAAAAACAUAAUGGUCACACUGUAAUCACAAAACUUUUAAUAUCGAAUAAUAGUAUAGCGGCUAUUAAGAGAUUAGAUCUAUUAGAAAAUAGGCUUAUGAAACAUUUAGUGAUGAAAGUACAUGGUAGUUCUAAUAAUAAUAAUUAUGCUAAUGUUUUAUUAAUUGUUAAUAUCACUAAAUGUACUAAUGUUCAUACUGCUUAG